CAAAAAGACUACCGACCGGUGACAUUUGUAUAAUGUUUUUUAGAAAAUUUCUCUAAUUUAAAUCGAGAAUUUGGCUCAAGAAAAGCAAUCAGCAAAAUGUUUUGCCCCGCAGGGUACUAUUCUGAUUCGGACGAGGAUUCAGAGUACGGAUAUUCUUUCGGGUACAGCAAGGAUAAGCAACAGCCUUCGAAACAAACUUCGGAAGCGCCUUUCCAACCGCCAGAGAAUAAUGACGAUCUGCUGUUCAAGGCGGUCCAAGAAGGAAACCUGCCCGAGAUGUGUCGUGUUUUAGAACGGGAUCGGUACCUGCUUACUGGAUGCCUCCGAUAUGGAUGGCCUUUACUACUGUUAGCCUGUAACGAGGCCAAAUGUGAGAUUGUCAGAUAUCUGCUUGAAGAAAAACGAUUGGACGUUAAUCAACCGUACGGUCUGAAGACGGCACUGAUGGCUGCCUGCGAAUCGAAGGCAGAAUAUAACGAUGUUCUGAGCAUGGUUGAGCUUCUGCUGGAAUUCGGUGCCAUCAUCAACUGUAGAGAUAGCCACGGAAUGACCCCUUUGAUGUUUGCUGUUAUUGGAGGACAUACGGAAGUGGUCAGAUUGAUUCUGGAUCAGGCUUCCAUAGAAGCUACCGACAAUGAGGGAUUAACUGCCCUUUUUCAUGCAGUCACCAACAGAAGACCGGAAAUAGUUCAAAUGUUGCUGAAGGCAGGUGCAGCAACAGACAUUGUUAACCGGCGAGGUUUUACCCCAAAACAGGAAGCACAGUUUAGAGCUUACACGGAGAUUGUUGAGCUCUUCCCCGUAGAAAAGGACCUGUUCAUCAUUCCCAGACGCUACUUGCACUACGGCACCUAUAAGGACAUUUGCUGGGCAGAGGAGAACGGCGAGCAGUCACUACCAGGCUAUCAGCAGGAAAUAGGAUUGCUUCUCUAUGGGAUGUACAGCGAGCAACAUCUGGGCCUGUUUGCAAAGGAAAAUGUCGAUCUAGAAAGGUUUCUCACAUAUACGGAUCAGGAUUUAUCCGACUUGGGAUUUCAUUUACCAUUCGAACGGAAAAAGAUCCUCCACGGUUUGCUCAAGUUUCAUCGACAAGCGUGGAACAAACGUAGCAUGAAACGAUUUCGGAAGGACACGCUCGACUCCUACGAUCUACUGGAACUGAUGGCCAAUCACCUGAAACAGGUGACUGUAAUGCAGUCCUCACUCGUGUUUAUCGCUAACUUUCUUCCACCAGAAACAAUCCAAGCUAAAUUUGAACCCCAACUAAGCGAAUGCCUCCGGAAGGUAAAGCGUUUGCGACAAACAGUUUCAUCUCUGGAAGAAGAAUUCGAGCGUAUAAACAACAUAACUGUGAUGCGCCCGGUCAUGCAUAUAGACGCCAAAUGCAUUCCACAGCGAUCGUCAACGCUCGUCUGUUGGUGUGUUCGUCUGGCUAAGCUGGCGCUCGUUUCCGGACUAGUGGGUGUUUUUGUUUAUCGAAAACUCAAACAUUAAACCAUUGUUUCGUUUUGUGGUCUAGCCGCAUCGGUUAAAGUAUUCCUGUAAAAAGCCUAAAG